GAGCGUGUUGCCGCGAUUAUCGACAUCGCUCUCAAGUUCUAUGCGCGCAAGGGAAGGCUUCCCCUCCUCUGAAACCAUUCCUCCGCUCUCAGAUCCUUAGAGUAAAUCUCUUAGGGAAGGUUCUCUUUCAUCCGUCUUUCCUAGGUAUGCAUCUCCAUGUACUAAAAAGUUUUUUCAUUGGUGUGGAAGGAAGGGGGAAAGUUGCUGCAUUGCUUAAGCAACAAGGUCUGGGUGUCAAAGGAAUGACAAAAAGUACCCCUGUAAAUGAGGAAAUUCCACCUUUGCUAGAAGGAGGUGGGAAGAUAGAGGUGUGGAGAAUUAAUGAAAAUGCCAAAAUUGCGUUGCCAAAGGAGGAAAUUGGUAAGUUUUUUAGUGGAGAUUGUUAUAUUGUAUUGUACACAUACCACUCUGGUGAGAGGAAAGAAGACUACUUCUUGUGUUGUUGGUUUGGCAAAGACAGCAACGAGGAGGACCAGGCAAUAGCUACUCGGUUGACCAAUACAAUGUCUACCUCAUUAAAGGGUAAACCUCUACAGGGUCGCAUAUUUGAAGGCAAAGAGCCACCACAGUUUGUUGCUCUUUUCCAACAAAUGGUGGUCCUUAAGGGGGGAUUGAGCUCUAGAUACAAGAAACUAAUAGAGGACAAAGGUGUAUCAGAUGAGACAUACACAGCGGAAUCUAUUGCACUUAUUCGAAUUUCUGGAACUUCUAUUCAUAACAAUAAAUCAGUACAAGUUGAUGCAGUGCCAUCAUCAUUGAAUUCUACCGAGUGUUUUGUCCUGCAAUCUGGCUCUACAAUUUUCACUUGGCAUGGAAAUCAGUGUUCCUUUGAGCAGCAACAGCUUGCAGCAAAGGUUGCUGAAUUUUUAAGGCCAAAUGAUGCUUCAAGUAUUUCUAAUACACCUUUGGAUGCAAGAGGAUCAUCUGGUGCUAGCAACCCUUAGUUUGCAUAUAUUGUAUUUUGGAUUUAAAGUUUAGUAUGAGGCUAAUUUAACAAUGUUAUGAAUUUUAUGUUGUACUUGGAUUUAUAAUAGAAGUUUGAAUUAUAAAUCUUUGAACUAUAUGUUGUGUUUUUGGUUAUUAGUAAUGGAAUUUCUUCAUCCAUUUUAUGUGUAUUU